AUGCUGAAAUACGCGAGUUCGAAAUGUGUUUAUAUUACAAUCUUCGAAAAACAAAUUUUAAAAGCUCAUAGAAAUUAUUCAGGUGAUAUAACCUACAAAAAUGGAGUGUUUAAAUCUAAACAAAUUAACAAGAGUAAAAACUGCAGAAAAUUUUAUCAUGACUCUCCAUUCCACACAACAAUGUUACCCUCCCAAUCGCAAAUUGUUAUUGCGGGUGCAGGAACAGUUGCGAAUUCGGUUGCUUAUCAUCUUAUUGUUAAGGGCUGGAACGAUGUACUCGUUUUGGAACAAAAUAGAAUUGGAAGUGGCACCUCUCAUUUUGGCUCUGGCACACUUGGCCUCUUCAAACCAAUAUCACAUAGGAACUUAAUCUCUUAUAGCAUUAAGUUAUACCAGCAACUGCAAGAAAUGGGAUAUGACAUAGGUCUAAAGCAAUGUGGUAGCAUAUACUUAGCUCAAACCAAAGAUAGAAUGAUAGCUUUAAAAAGAAGAAUGGCUUAUAAUGUACCAACAGGUUUACACUGUGAAGUUUUAGGAAGGGAACAAUUAAAAAGACUAUAUCCAUAUCUGCAUAUUGAAGAUAUUGAAGGUGCAGUUUGGGUUCCUGAAGAUGCAGUAGCCAAUUCCAGUGCAAUUUGUGAUGCCUUAGCUAAAUUAGCAAAAAUAGGAGGAGCAAAGUACAUUGAAAAUUGCUGUAUAGAAGAAGUACACACUGAAAAUGGAGCCGUGAAGAGUGUAAAAACUGAUCAUGGAGUAGUUUCCUGUGAAUACUUUGUAAAUUGUGCAGGAAUGUGGGCAAGGGAAUUAGGAUUACGAUGCAGUCCACCAGUUAGAAUCCCAGCAUAUCCUGCAGAACAUUAUUAUGCAAUUGCUUUUCCUUUUCCACAUAAUACAAAUACAGCAUUACCAUGUAUACGAGAUUAUGAUUCAUACUCAUACAUAAGGGAAUGGCAAGGAGGUUUAUUAAUUGGCUGGUUUGAACCAGAAUCAAAGCCUGCAUUUGAAAAUGGCACUGUUCCUACACAAAACUGGAAAAAUCAUCUAACAGUUGAUCCUUUACAUUGGAAUCCUUUAUGGGAUAAAGUAGUACAUAGAUUACCAUUUUUAAAGAAUAUAAAACCAAAUAUUUACAAUUGUCCAGAUAAUUUCACACCAGAUGGUAGAUGGAUAUUAGGAGAAAGCCCAGAAGUAACAAAUUACUUUGUUGCUGUUGGCAUGAAUGGAAACUCAUUGCAAGGAGCAGGAGGAAUAGGCAAAGAAGUCGCUGAGUGUCUAAUAAAUGGUGAAUCCACACAGGAAUUACUUCCUUUUAGUGUACAAAGAUUUCUAGAUUUGCAUAGCAGUAAACGAUACUUACAACAAAGAACGAAGGAAAUUGUUAGUAGAAAUUAUGCAAUUUUAUACCCUCAUCAAUGCGAGUACAAAUAUGCUCGAAAACUGCGUUGUUCACCUUUAUAUUCUGUUCUUGAAGAGAGAGGUGCAAUCUUCGGUGUAAAAAUGGCUUAUGAACGCCCGCUCUAUUUUAAUUCAACUUAUACAAGAGGGCAAAAGAAACCAGUCAUGCCACCAGGAAGUUUUUAUAAACCUAAAUUUUUCGAUUUUAUGAAAGAGGAAUUUGUAGCAUGCAAAGAAGGAGUGGGAAUAAUAGAUAUGAGUUCAUUUUCAAAGAUUAAAAUUAAAUCUAGUCGUUUGGAAGUUGUAAAGUACCUUCAGCAAUUAUGUUCUAAUGACGCAAAUAUACCAGUGGGUGGUAUAGUGCAUACAGGGAUGCAAAAUGAAAAAGGAGGAUACGAAAACGAUUGUAUUUUAGUGAGACAAACUGAAAACAGUUACUUUAUGGUUUCUCCUACAUCACAACAAACACGCAUCUACCAAUGGAUGUCUAGACAUUUACCAACUGAUCACUCAGUAGGCCUUCAUGAUGUAACUUCAAAAUAUACUGUUAUUAACUUAGUAGGACCUAAAGCAACGGGACUACUUUCAGAACUCUCCAAUUCUGAUAUUAAUCUUUCUCCAUUUACAUAUAAGAAUGUGAAUGUAGCAUAUGCUUCUGAUGUGAUGGUAAUGUCAUUCACAAAUACUGGUGAAUCUGGUUAUUGCUUAUAUAUACCUUCAGAAUAUGCACUCAUGCGUAUAGAAAGAUUUAUCCCGUUUUGGGCUGAAGAAUUAACACCGUUUGUUACGCCGUAUGAAGCUGGAAGUGGAUACAGUGUAAAAUUAGAAAAAGAAUAUUUUAUUGGCAAGUUUGCUUUACAACAUCAAAAAGAACAAGGUGUGUCAAAACGAUUAGUAUUAUUUGUUGUUAAUGAAUUAGAUAUCAAUAAAGACGUGUGGCCAUGGGGUGGUGAGCCUGUUUAUCGAAAUAAUGAAUUUGUAGGAACGGUUACAUCAGCUGGAUACGGCUUUACAUCAGAGAAACAUAUUUGUCUUGGCUUCAUCAGUUCUCCUAGAUCAAGAUAUGCACAAACUAACAGAAAUAUUGUUACAACAGACUUUAUAAUGGAACCUAAAGCUCGUUACGAAAUAGAUAUCGCUGGAACUAGAUUUCCUGUUAAGCCGCAUAUUCAUCCCUUACGUAUACCGGCACUUAGUAGUAAACUGAACAAGAAAUAUACUCCGACACCUGUUGUUGCAUACGAGAGCGAUGUAUUUCGCUAA